AUGUUUCGGCUUUCAAUGCUACUUGAAGUCUUUUGUCUUCUUAUCUUUUUCGCUCAUCAGCAGGUUAUUGCUGAGGUUGUUACUUGCAAUCACAAUACUCCAGUAUGUGAGUGCAUUAGGACCAAUGAUGAAGUGUGUAAGUUUACACUUGAUAUUGAAAUGCUGCAGACCUUUACCCGAUAUCGGGUUGAUGAUACUGGAGACUCUCGUGGUACUGCAGGCAGUGUCUGGCGUAUUAAUAAUGGAGAAUGGGAACCAGUUGAUCCUGCAGACAAUCUCUGUGGUACUGCUAUCACUGAUCCAGAAUGCACUCAACCGUUUGGUGUUGAUGGAUACACGUUUCGUUCCUUUAUAGCAGUCAAUGGACGUAUACCAGGACCAACACUCAUUGUAACUGAGGGUCAGUUGGUUAAAGUGAAUGUAAUCAAUAGAUUAGCAUCAGAGAGUGUAUCUGUACACUGGCAUGGGAUGCACCAAAGGAACAGUAACUGGAUGGAUGGAGUGGAGCAUGUUACACAGUGUGGUAUACCACCAGGAGCUAGUUUUACUUAUAUCUUUAAAGCUGAACAAUACGGGACUCACUGGUACCACUCUCACAGUGGAGCUCAGAGAACUGAUUGACUCUUUGGAGCUCUCAUUGUUAAA